UUCACCUUUCUUUCCAACAACAGGUUUAGGAGGCAUGUUUCUCGAGUUUGUCGAAUUCAGAUAUGAAUAUGAUGUUGACUUCGGUGUAUAUUGUAUUUAUAUCAUUCUAAGCAUGGAUUUCUUAGUAUGCGGAUCGAAAGGAUCUUUUUGUGAUUGGUGGAAUUUAGGUUAUUCAUAAUCAUACUGUCAAGACAAUCAGUACAGCGAGCCUCUUAGAAAACAUAUGUUAUAAGCUACUAUCAAAGGUCAUAUGGAAAUUUGACCGGGCAUAGAAAUAGUCUUUUGCUAUUGGUGGAUCCAGAUCCUUAUUGUGCAGAGAUCGAAGUAUAAAGUUUUGGCGCUUGCAAAGUGUUAGUGAUCUGAUUCUCGUAUAUCAAGCGAAUAUUUCAAUCUAUUAUAUCCAAAAUGUCUGGUCGUGGUAAAGGAAAAGCAAAGGGCACCAAGUCCAAAACUCGAUCAUCCCGUGCAGGGCUUCAGUUCCCCGUCGGUCGUAUCCAUCGUCUUCUCCGCAAGGGAAAYUACGCUCAACGUGUUGGUGCUGGUGCUCCAGUCUACAUGGCUGCAGUUCUCGAGUAUCUGAGCGCUGAGAUCCUCGAGUUGGCCGGUAACGCUGCCCGCGACAACAAGAAAUCCAGAAUCAUCCCCCGUCAUUUGCAGUUGGCAGUCAGAAACGACGAGGAGUUGAACAAGCUUCUUGGUGGAGUCACCAUUGCUCAAGGUGGUGUUCUUCCCAACAUCCAAGCUGUUCUUCUUCCCAAGAAGGCCGAAAAGAAAAGCUCGUAAACAGUUCUAAACUGUUUGCAAAACAACGGCUCUUUUAGGAGCCACCACAUGAUAACAAAGAUCAUGAUCUUAUGCUUAUUAA